AUGCCUCCGCGCGCGCCGCCUGCGCCCGGGCCCCGGCCACCGCGGGCCGCCCACGCCACGGCCGCCACCGCGGGCGCGGGGCGAUCGGGGGGCGCGGGGGACGCCGGGGACCCCGGGCCCCGGUCACUCGCGCUGCGCCCCUGGCGCUGGCUGCUGCUGAUCGCGCUUCCCGCCGCCUGCUCUGCGCCGCCGCCGCCGCGCCCCGUCUACACCAACCACUGGGCAGUGCAAGUGCUGGGCGGCCCGGCGGCUGCCGACCGCGUGGCCGCGGCUCACGGCUACCUCAACUUGGGCCAGAUUGGAAACUUGGAAGACUACUAUCAUUUUUAUCAUAGCAAAACCUUUAAACGUUCAACUUUGAGUAGCAGAGGUCCUCACACCUUCCUCAGAAUGGACCCCCAGGUGAAAUGGAUCCAGCAACAAGAAGUGAAGCGGAGGGUGAAGAGACAGGCAAGGAGCGACCCUCAAGCCCUUUAUUUCAACGAUCCUAUUUGGUCCAACAUGUGGUACAUGCAUUGUGGUGACAAGCACAGUCGCUGCCGGUCAGAAAUGAAUGUCCAGGCAGCGUGGAAGCGGGGCUACACAGGAAAAAACGUGGUGGUCACUAUCCUUGAUGAUGGUAUAGAGAGGAAUCACCCGGACCUGGCCCCAAACUAUGAUUCUUACGCAAGCUAUGAUGUCAACGGAAAUGAUUACGACCCAUCGCCACGAUACGAUGCCAGCAAUGAAAACAAACAUGGCACUCGUUGUGCGGGAGAAGUUGCUGCCUCAGCCAACAACUCUUACUGCAUCGUGGGCAUAGCAUACAAUGCAAAAAUAGGAGGUAUCCGCAUGCUGGAUGGUGAUGUGACAGACGUGGUCGAAGCCAAGUCCCUGGGUAUCAAACCCAACUACAUCGACAUUUACAGUGCCAGCUGGGGGCCAGACGACGAUGGGAAGACCGUGGAUGGGCCCGGCCGGCUGGCCAAACAGGCAUUUGAGUACGGUAUUAAAAAGGGCCGGCAGGGCCUGGGCUCCAUUUUUGUCUGGGCCUCUGGGAAUGGUGGGAGAGAGGGAGACCAUUGCUCCUGUGAUGGCUACACCAACAGUAUCUACACCAUCUCCGUGAGCAGCACCACUGAGAAUGGUCACAAGCCUUGGUACCUGGAGGAGUGCACCUCCACUCUGGCUACCACCUACAGCAGUGGGGCCUUCUAUGAGCGAAAAAUCGUCACCACAGAUCUGCGUCAGCGCUGCACUGAUGGCCACACUGGGACCUCUGUCUCGGCUCCCAUGGUGGCGGGCAUCAUCGCCUUGGCUCUGGAAGCAAACAGCCAGUUAACUUGGAGGGAUGUCCAGCACCUGCUAGUGAAGACAUCCCGGCCAGCCCACCUGAAGACAAAUGACUGGAAGAUCAACGGUGCUGGGCAUAAAGUUAGCCAUCUCUAUGGAUUUGGCUUGGUGGAUGCAGAAGCUCUCGUCCUGGAGGCAAAGAAGUGGACCUCGGUGCCAUCCCAACACAUGUGUGUGGCCACCGUGGACAAGAGGCCCAGGAGCAUCCCGAUAGCACAGGUGCUUCGGACCACAGCCCUGACCAACGCCUGUGCUGACCACUCAGACCAGCACGUGAUCUACCUGGAGCACGUGGUGGUCCGCAUCUCCAUCUCACACCCUCGCCGGGGAGACCUUCAGAUCCACCUGAUUUCUCCCUCAGGAACCAAGUCUCAACUUCUGGCAAAGAGAUUGCUGGAUUUUUCUAAUGAGGGAUUUACAAACUGGGAAUUCAUGACUGUCCACUGUUGGGGAGAAAAGGCUGAAGGGGAAUGGAUCUUGGAAAUCCAAGACAUGCCAUCCCAGGUCCGCAACCCGGAAAAACAAGGGAAGCUGAAAGAGUGGGGCCUCAUCUUAUACGGUACAGCCGAGCACCCACAUCACACCUUCCUGAAGCCCGAGUUGCUGGAAGACGAAGAAGAUUACACAGGUGUGUGCCAUCCGGAGUGUGGUGACAAAGGCUGUGAUGGGCCCAAUGCAGAUCAAUGCUUGAACUGUGUCCACUUCAGCCUGGGGAACAUCAAAACCAGCAGGAAGUGUGUGAGCGUGUGCCCCUUAGGCUACUUUGGGGACACAACUGCAAGACGCUGUCGCCGGUGCCACAAGGGGUGUGAGACCUGCUCAGGCAGGAGCCCCACACAGUGUCUGUCUUGCCGUCGUGGGUUCUAUCACCACCAGGAGACGAACACCUGUGUGACCCAAUGUCCUGCCGGAUUUUACGCUGAUGACAGUCAGAAAAACUGCCUUACGUGCCACCCCAGCUGUAAGAAGUGUGUGGAUGACCCUGAGAUGUGUACUGUGUGUAAGGAAGGAUUCAGCCUUGCACGGGGCAGCUGCAUUCCAGACUGUGAGCCCGGCACCUACUUUGAUUCUGAACUGAUCAGAUGUGGAAAAUGCCAUCCUACCUGCCGCACCUGUGUGGGGCCCAGCAGAGAAGAAUGUAUUCACUGUGCAAAAAACUUCCACUUCCAAGACUGGAAAUGUGUGCCCACCUGUGGCGAGGGCUUCUACCCUGAGGAGAUGCCCGGCUUGCCCCACAAAGUGUGUCGAAGGUGUGAUGAGAACUGUUUGAGCUGCGAGGGCUCCAGCAGGAAUUGCAGCAGGUGUAAGACAGGCUUCACACAGCUGGGGACCUCCUGUAUCACCAACCAUACAUGCAGCAAUGCUGACGAGACCUUCUGCGAGAUGGUGAAGUCCAACCGGCUCUGUGAACGGAAGCUCUUCAUCCAGUUCUGCUGCCGCACGUGCCUCCUGGCCGGCUAGAGGCACCAGCUGCCUACAGAUGGCAGGGCUUCUCCUGUCCACCUAUCUGUCCAUCCACCUUCCUACAGACUGUCGGCCAGAGCCUGAUUCAGGGCCAGUGCCCUGCAUCUGACAGCUUUAUGUCCCCAUGAGCCAAGUACUUCUGCGCGUGCCUGGGCAUCCACACCAGGUGCAUGGUGGCCCUUAAGGACGUGCUCCUCACACAGCAUUACCCCUUCAAAUUCCGCUUGCUGGCUGCACAGUCUUCUGGCGAACUCAAAACGGGAACAAAAUGAAUUCCAUGAAUCCACAGCUCUGGCUUUGGAGCAGCUUCUAGGACACUAAGUUUACUGAAUCCUCAAGACCAAAGCAGAAAGAAAGGCACCUGGCAUCACAAAUGGUCCUCCUGUGCACUUGUGCAGUGGCAGGACCCUGGGCUGUGCCAUCCUCCCACGUGAUAAAGGGCCCAUUCCACCCACCUGGCACUGCGCAGCCUGGGGGACGGUUUGGUCAGACUGUAAGUAAAAUAGUUUUGGGGCCUAAGAUAUGAGAUCAUUGGGGAUGAAAUCUGGUUUCCUUGUAGCCAACAACCUGAAAACCUCAGUGGCAGAGGAUCCAAUACCAAACAGGCCAGAAGACUUGUCCUCUCCCUUCAGUGUUCUCCUUCCAAGGGAGCCAGGAGUCCUUGGGACUGUGUCUCUCUGAAUCCCCAGAGCCUGAACAGAACCUUCCAGGAGGGUCCGAAGGAGGCAUUCCACAACCAAGCAAUUCCUCCAAACAAAAUGGAAAGCCAGCUUACGAAUUAUUCUCAUCCCUUUGCAUUUUGCAGAAUUACUUUUUAAAAAGUACAUUUGGCCCCGUUCUUCAGGAGAUUCGGUCUCCAGGCAGAUGCUCCUGUGUCUGUGUAUAUUCAGAGCCUACAUGAUACAGCUGGAUUGAUUUCUGCCAAACCUGUGUAGGCCUUUUAUAAGCUACGUGUUCUAAUUUUUACCGACAUUAAUUAUUUUGACAAAUAUUUCAUAUAUUUUCAUUGAAAUGCACAGAUCUGCUUGAUUAGUUCCCUUUAAUGCGGGAAUAACAUUUGCCUUAAAUUUUUUCGACCUCAUCUCUGUCUGUGUUGUCCUGCACCCCCUCUUUGACUAUAAUGCAUCACCUUGUCACAUGUAAGCUGGCGUAAACCCAGCUGUUGUCUAUUGAAUCCACAACUCUGAGAAAGAAAUCAGUGAAACAAACACAAA